CCUGGCAGGAAGGACAUCAAGAAGGGGGAGAAGAACACAAUCGUCACCUCCUACAACAGGAACUUCACGGGUCGCAACGACGCGAACCCCGAGACCCAUGCCUUCGUCACGUCCCCAGAGAUUGUCACAGCCCUGGCCAUUGCGGGAACCCUCAAGUUCAACCCCGAGACCGACUACCUGACGGGCACGGAUGGCAAGAAGUUCAAGCUGGAGGCUCCGGAUGCAGAUGAGCUUCCCAAAGCGGAGUUUGACCCAGGGCAGGACACCUACCAGCACCCCCCCAAGGACAGCAGCGGGCAGCACGUGGACGUGAGCCCCACCAGCCAGCGCCUGCAGCUCCUGGAGCCUUUUGACAAGUGGGAUGGCAAGGACCUGGAGGACCUGCAGAUCCUCAUCAAGGUCAAAGGGAAGUGUACCACUGACCACAUCUCGGCUGCUGGCCCCUGGCUCAAGUUCCGUGGGCACUUGGACAAUAUCUCCAACAACCUGCUCAUUGGUGCCAUCAACAUUGAAAAUGGCAAGGCCAACUCCGUGCGCAAUGCCGUCACUCAGGAGUUUGGCCCCGUCCCUGACACUGCCCGCUACUACAAGAAACAUGGCAUCAGGUGGGUGGUGAUCGGAGACGAGAACUACGGCGAGGGCUCGAGCCGGGAGCAUGCAGCUCUGGAGCCUCGCCAACUUGGGGCCCGGGCCAUCAUCACCAAGAGCUUUGCCAGGAUCCACGAGACCAACCUGAAGAAACAGGGCCUGCUGCCCCUGACCUUCGCUGACCCAGCCGACUACAACAAGAUUCACCCUGUGGACAAGCUGACCAUUCAAGGCCUAAAGGACUUCACCCCUGGCAAGCCCCUGAAGUGCAUCAUCAAGCACCCCAACGGGACCCAGGAGACCAUCCUCCUGAACCACACCUUCAAUGAGACGCAGAUCGAGUGGUUCCGCGCCGGCAGUGCCCUCAACAGAAUGAAGGAGCUGCAGCAGUGAGGGCAGUGCCUCCCCGCCCCCCGCCCUGCCCCAGUGCUGGCGUCAAGUUCAGCCCCACGUGCGCCAUCAGCGGAUCCGAUGCAUCCAGUCAUGGCUUCUUAUUCCAAGAUGGUAUGACCAGACAUGCUUCCUGCUCCCCGCUCAGCCCACGGAGUGACUGGUUAUGGUGGGGGAGUUCUUAAAAUAACUUUUUA